AUGUCCACACAUUACGAUUGCAUCGUGGUUGGGAGCGGCCAUGCAGGUUGCUCGGCAGCCCUUGCCGCUGUUGAGGCAGGUUGUACCUCUGUCCUUAUCGUCGAGAAAGCCCCACACGAUUGGGUCGGCGGCAACGGCUACUUCACAGCAGGUGCACAUAGAACAGUCCACGGGGGAUUACAAGAUCUUCUCCCAAUCGUGCGCAAUGUCACGCCAGAGCAGGCAUCCAAGAUCGACAUGGAUCCCUACACUGUCGAGGACUUCAUCGGGGACAUUAAGCGCCUUGGCCAAGAUAAGCCAGACGCUAAGCUGGUGAGGUCCAUGGUGGAAUCUUCGAGAGAAGCGGUGGAAUGGCUCGCGCGGAUAAUAGGUAUUCCGUUCAUUCUGUCGUUCCACCGCCAAGCAUACGAGGUGAAUGGGAGGCAAAAGUUCUGGGGCGGUAUGGCACUCAGUACUGAGGAUGGCGGAAAGGGGUUGAUUAAGGCCCAUAUGAAGGCACUAGAAAAAGCCGGAGUGGAGAUUUGGUUCGAGUCUCCUGCCGUCAGGCUCAGGGUUGAGAAAGGAACAAUAACGGGUCUUGUGGUUCAGACGGACGGCAUGGAAUUAGACCUUUCAGCCUCUUCGGUAGUGCUGGCAGCAGGAGGUUACGAAUCUAGCUCAGAGCUCCGGGCUAAACAUCUUGGUUCUGAAUGGGAAAAGGCACGCGUCAGGGGCACUCCUUUCAAUACGGGUGAUGGCUUUGCCAUGGCCCAAGCUGUUGGUGCAAAACUUGUUGGAGAUUGGGCAGGAUGUCACAGCACGUGUUGGGAUGCAAAUGCACCAGCAGACGCAGGCGACAGGGAGCUCAGUAAUCAGUUCACGAAGUCAGGUUAUCCUCUGGGUAUCAUGGUUAACAUCUAUGGCCAACGCUUCGUCGAUGAAGGGCAGGAUUUCAGAAAUUUCACAUAUGCCAAGUUUGGGCGACAAAUCCUUCUUCAACCGGAAGGAUGUGCAUUCCAAGUGUGGGGUGCGGACAUGGAUCCAUUUCUCCGGAAGGAGGAAUAUGGGGAUGAGAUUGUCGAGAAGAUCUUGGCUGGAAACAUGGAGGAACUUGCAGACAAGCUCCUUGAGAAAGGGCUCAAGGACAAAGAGUGUUUUCUCAAGACAGUGCGCGAUUACAAUGCGGCAGUCCAAAAUCAUCGUGCUGAACACCCAACUCUUGGAUGGGACCCCACGAUCAAAGAUGGACUCUCGACUCAGUCUACCACGGUAGUGCUGCAACUUCCAAAGUCAAAUUGGGCACUGCCGAUCGAUCAGGGACCCUUCCUGGCGGUAAAAGUUGCGUGUGGUAUCACUUUUACUUUCGGUGGGCUCGCUAUAGAUCCGGAUACCGCUGGCGUGCUGUCGAAAGAGACAGAUACGCCAAUAAAAGGUCUUUUCUGCACGGGGGAGAUGGUUGGUGGUUUGUUUUAUAACAACUACCCCGGAGGUAGCGGACUGACUGCUGGGGCUGUGUUCGGACGAAAAGCGGGGGGUCAAGCAGCCAAGCUCACUGGGAAAUCAGUCGAGUACGGGGUACAGGAGGGUUUUUAA